AUGAGAAGAGUUCAUAUUCAAAGACGAAAAGAAGAAGUUGAGGGGAAAAUUUGCAAUCUAUUAGCAUUUCGAAGCAUUAAAGAACGAUGUUUUGGCAGUAAAAAUGUUUUAAAAAUACUUAAAACUGAGAAGGAAGCUUUCCCAUCAUUUUUGGCUUUAAAACUUUUUGGUUGUUGGAAACCAAAAAGCCAUAAUUUAACGCCGGAGCUUAAUUUUUUUACCACCCUUCGCACGCUCUCAUUUUGCUGGUUGUCGCCUGAAAAUGGAAAUAGAAUUAGUUUAAGAAACAUGCCCUGA